AUGUCAUUGCAAUCCCCUUCGACUAAUGCUCUACAACUUCCGUUUUUUUGUUCGUCAACUUCAUUGUUAUUCUAUUUGGAUGAUUCAACAUCGUCUUCUCAAAUCUUAACAAUUUAUAAUCCGUAUGAAUUUCCUGUGAAAUAUAAAGUGUUAUGUACAGCACCAAGAAAAUAUCUUAUAGCCGAACCGCAAGGCGAAAUUCGUGGACAACAUUCAGUCGACAGUGUCGUCAGACUUCUUGACAUAUCGUCUUCCUCAUCAAAUCAAAAUAUUGUACAUAAAAUUCGAAUAAAAUUCUAUGAUAGACGAAAACCCCAAGAUCUUAUUGGUAAAAGAGAUAUAACAUGUACGAUUUUACCCUAUAAACCUUUGGAAGAAAGUUUUGAUGAUGACAAUGUUAUUAAUUCCUCAGGACGUCUUCGAUCUUCGUUGUCUUCUUCUCCUACUCAAUCAUUAGCAUCCACCAAUUCUACCAAUGUUUUAACACAGGAUAUUCGAGAUCCAAUUGUUGUGUUUUUCAUGACUUUAAUUGGUUUAUUAUCAGCUUUUAUCUUAGUUUUACCUGGUUUACCAGAAGAAAAUACAAAUACAAGAGUACCACAUUAUCUUCACAUGAGUGUUAAUUCCAAAACUGGAAUGAUUUAUGUUUUCAACAUUAUCGUUGGUACCGGUGCCCUCGCAUUACCAAAAGCAUUUCAUGAAGGAGGCUAUAUCUUGAGUACAAUACUUUUGCUUAUAUUAGGAUUUUUCAGUUAUGUUUCAGCAACAUUUAUGAUCGAAUCCAUGGCCCUAGCUAACGGUCUUUUUGGGGCAAGAAGAGCCACAGCUAAAAGAUUGAAUUCUAUACCAGGAUCAGAUGGUGAAAAUAUUUCAGAUCGAACAGCUUUAUUGAGUGCCGAAAACGAUGAUGAAGUGCAACAUUCUGAAAUCGACGAAGAACAUCAAGCAAUUGUACAAAGAUUUGAGAUAAAUGAAAAAAUCGAAAUGGGACAAAUGGCUCAGAUGUUUUUGAAUAGAACUGGCAUAGCAAUCUUUUAUAUUUGUAUUUGUCUAUAUUUAUAUGGAGAUUUGGCUAUAUAUGGAUCUGCUGUACCAAAAAGUAUAAGAGAUGUUAUUUGCACAUAUGUUCCAACUAAUUGUACCAAUAUCACACACUCAGAUCGUUGUUGGGAGAAAAGUUCUUUAUCAAGAGUGGACGUAUACCGUAUAUUUGCUACUAUCUUCUUUUUGACCUUAGGUCUUUUUGUGUUUGGAAAUGCACAAAAGACAAAAUUAUUACAAAUUAUAACGACAUUAUUCAGAUGGACAGUGUUUACUUUGAGUUCAAGUUUUCCAAUUAUUGGAAUCACAUUACGUAAUAACUUACAGACAAUCGUACAAUCAUGUUAUCCAACGACAAUUAUGAGACGUAAACAACGUAUUGCUAUUGUUUUAUUAACAUUAUUACCACCACUUACUAUUAGUUUAAUUACAGAUGAUAUUAAAUUUCUUGUGGGAAUAACAGGUAGUUAUGCCGGUGUGGCUGUUCAAUAUGUUAUUCCAGCUCUUCUUGUCUAUAAUGCAAGACGAAUAACAGUAUUAAAAGUGAGAAAAAUUCAAUUUAAAAAUCAAUCACCAUUUCAAAGUCAAUAUUGGAUAUUUGCCGUAUUUAUUUGGUCAUGGUUAUCAACUAUUGUAAUAACAAUGUACAAUAUAUUACCAAAAAAGGCAUUUUCUUAA